CAUCUCCACCUCGACGGCUGGCUGGCUGGCUCCACGUCGGACCCCAUCUCUCUCCCACACACACGCCUUCGCCUUCGCCUUCGCUGCACCCAUCGGAGCCACUCAAUUCUCCCUCCCCAAGAACAUCCCAAUGGCCAAUUUGGAAGCUUCUACUACAUGGAGCUCGUAGGCGAAGGAAUCCGCUACUUGUAGGCUAGCCAGAAAGAUCAAGAAAGGCGCGCCAUGGCUUUCCUCCUCCCCAAGCUCACCACGCCGUCCUGCAAGUCGCCGCCGAGCCCGCUCAAGUCGCAGCUCGGCCUUCCCGGCGGCGGGAAGCUCCAGCCGGCGCAGGCCGUGGCACCGAGCCACCUCAACCUCCUGCUCCUGUUCGGCGCCUCGCAGCAGGAGGCCGCCGCCGUCCCGACGCCCAAGAGCCGGAGCAAGAACGGUGGCGGCCGGAGCGGCGGCGGCGGCGGGGAGGACCCGCGGAGGUCGGAUUAUUACCUCAACCUUGGGACGGCGGUGCGCACGCUGCGGGACGACCUGCCGGCGGUGUUCGUCCGGGAACCCAACUACGACAUCUACCGUGAAGAUAUAACAUUCGUCGAUCCGUUGAACACUUUCCAUGGAAUCGACAACUACAAGACAAUCUUCUGGGCUCUCAGAUUCCAUGGGCGCCUACUCUUCCGUGAAAUCGGGCUUGACAUAUCACGCAUUUGGCAACUGACAGAGAACUCGAUAGUUGUCCGGUGGGAGCUGUGGGGAACCCCGCGUGUCCCGUGGGAAUCAUACGGUUGCUUCAGUGGCACCUCGAGAUACAAGGUCGACAGGAACGGGAAGAUUUACGAGCACAAAGUCGAUAAUUUGGCACUGGACUUUCCCCGGCCAGCAGCCAAAGUAGGCAGCAUUGCUGACAUUGUCGUCGCCUCAUGCCCACCAAGCCCCAAUUUGACGUUCUGGGACAUGGUUGGGAGUACUGGUGAUGGGUGCUCAUGGGCAAAUCUCUACCAGGCGGUGGUGGAAACCGUGGAGCGGGAAGGCAAUGAUCCUGCUGGCAUUGCCAUUGAAGGUCUGCUUACUUGUUCAUAGGAUGGAAUGAGCUUCAGGGCUAGCUGCUUGGUAGUGAGCUUUCUUAGGGAAGAUGUAUAGAAGGUGGAUACAUAAAUCAUAAUGCUAUUAAUCUUGGUACACUGUAGCUCUAGAAUAACAAUUUUAGAUACAAUACAUGGUAGAUAACUAUGUCUCAGAAUCUUUGCUACGCAUUCUAGAAUGUAUCUACCAGUCUCUUAAGUCUCAAAAGUUAAUGGCUAUUCUUAGCAGGUCUUUCAAUAUCCUAAAUUAUGAAAAUGAAGGUUGCCAAAAUGCCAACUUGCCAUGAACAUUUUGUGAUAUAUCAGCCCCUCUGUUUGGCAA